UCUCUCUCUCUCUGCCUGUCUGUGUCUCUGAACUAUGGCUGACGUUAAUCAAUCCAAAGCCCAUCUGAUCUUCACGUACGGCACGCUCAAGCGAGGCUUCCCCAACCACACCCUCAUGGAGUCCCUGAUUCACCGGAACGACGCCGUAUUCCUCGGCCCCUACGUCACCUGCAUCUCCUACCCGCUCGUCGUCGGGCCCCACGGCAUCCCCUUCCUCAUCAACCUCCCCGGGUCGGGCAACCGUGUCACGGGCGAACUCUACUCCGUCUCGGCCCGCGGACUCUAUCCGGUUGACGACCUCGAGGGCACCAGCCUCGGCCACUACGAGCGGCUGCCCGUUAAGUUGAUUCCCUGCGAAAGCACCAACUCCGAUGCAGGUGGCGUGAUUCAGGUAGAGGCCGAGGCGUACUACGCACACCGGAGCUUCGGGGAGGGUUUGUGGGAGAGGAAGGGGAAAGAGGGGUUGAGUGCGUACACAGAGAAAGAGGCGAGUGGGUACGUCAGAAGAGAGGAUAGGCCCAAAGAUAGGAGCUUUCGCGAUGAGGUGCAUUUCUUUGUGUCUGCUGCGAGAAAUUGAUCGAUCGGAGGAGAAAAUUCAUGCAACUCUCAAGGACAUUAUGAGAAAAAUAUUAAUUUAUAUGGGUAUUUUUGGAAAUACCCAAUUGGUACAACAACAUGAAAUGGAUCCAUUCCCGCACAGCAGCAGAAACGUGUACGGGUUGAAGACCACUCACAGCGGCUGAGCUCAAAACGCAAGAGAGGGAGGCGUGAAACGCGGACGCACGCACUGGGCUGGAACGAAACGCAGAGCUGCAGAGAUGAAACGCACGAAGCGUAGACGCGAAAUGUGCUGGGCUGAGACGUGUGCACUGCAGAAACGAGAAACACAUGAAGCUGAGAGAAAAAAACGCAGAACGGGGCUGGGCGAAAGGCAGCGAAACGGCAACGCACAGUAUAAAAAGAAAUUAUUUCUGCUGUGCGCCGUUUCCUUUUCUUUUCGGAUUUUAUUUUCGCACAGGGUCGUCUUCUUCUUCAUUUUUUAUUUUCCAGUUCAUUUUAUUUUCCAGUUCCUUUGACUGCUAUUUCAUUUUAUUUUCCGCCAGUUUCUGAUUUCAGCACAUUUGAGAGAUAUAGUAUAUUUUUAUUCAGCAA